AUGGGGUGUGUCGGUUUCAGCUACGAUGUGUUCAUCAGUUUUAGAGGCGAAGAUACUAGGGACAAUUUUGUAGGACAUCUACGUAAAGAGUUGGGUAGGAGGGGAAUACUCACUUUCCAUGAUGACAGGGAUAUGGGGAUAGGGGAAAGUCUUUCACCUGCUCUCAACAACGCCAUGGAAGAAUCUAGGAUUUUCAUCGUUGUGUUUUCUGAGAACUAUGCAUCUUCCACAUGGUGUCUGGAUGAACUUGUUAGGAUCAUGGAGCUCUCCAAGAUGAGGGAGAAGAAGCAGGUUGUUUUCCCAGUGUUCUACCAUGUACAUCCAUCAGAUAUACUGCAAGACAGAAAUAGCUUCGGAAAACACAUGAGGGCACAUGAAAAUACGUUUGGAAAACAGUCGCAGAGAAUGCAGGCUUGGAGGUCUGCUUUGUCUCAAGCAGUUCACUUGCCAAGGAAGCAUAUUACCACCGGGUGUGAAAACAAUUUUAUUGAAGAAAUUGUUGGGGAGGUAUAUAAGAAUAUAGCUCCUAAACCUUUAUACAUUGGUCAGAAGCCUCUCGGACUUGAGCCCCACAUAGAAGAGGUUAUGUCACUUUUGGACAUGAAGCCUGAUGACAAAACUGUAAGGAUGUUGGGCAUAUAUGGACUUGGUGGAAUUGGAAAAACGGAACUUGCCAAAGCUUUGUAUGACAAAGUUGUGCAACACUUUGAUGCUGCAAGUUUUCUUGCCGGUGUUAGAGAAAAAUCAAACACAAUCAAUGGCAUGGAAGAUCUACAGAAGACACUUUUAUCUGAGAUGUUAGAGGAGUCGGACACUAAGUUGGGAAGUACCAAUAAAGGAAUUUAUGAAAUAAAACGAAAGCUUCGCCGAAAGAAAGUUCUUUUGGUUCUUGACGACGUUGAUGAUAAAGAAGAGUUAGAGAAGUUGGCAGGAGGGUGUGAUUGGUUUGGUCCAGGUAGUAGGAUUAUUAUAACGACAAGGGAAAAAGAUGUCCUAAUUGCUCACCAUGUUGGACAUAUUUAUGAAAUGAAGGAACUUGAUGAACAACAUUCUUUGGAGCUCUUUUGUUGGAAUGCCUUCGGACAAGGUUGUCCUAAAACUGGUUUUGAAGAUGUGUCUAUGCGUGCUGUAAAUUACGCUAAAGGUCUUCCACUGGCUUUAAAAGUGAUAGGCUCUGACUUAGCUACUCUUCAUGAAGAAAGUUUAGAUGCCUGGGAAGAUGCAUUGGAAGAAUAUGAGAAGACUCCUCCAAAUAAAAAGAUUCAAGAUGUGCUUAAAAUAAGCUACGAUAGAUUGGAUGAUGAUGCCAAACAAGUUUUCUUGGACAUAGCUUGCUUCUUUAAAGGGGAGAGAAUGAAAUAUGUGAAAAAGAUACUUAAGGAAUUUUGUUCAACAUCCAACAUGAAAGUACUUGUCAAUAAAUCACUCAUAACUAUNGAGAAUGACAGGCUGAAGAUGCAUGAUCUAAUACAAGAUAUGGGUAGACAGAUUGUUAGGCAUGAAGCAACAAAUCCUGGUGAACGUAGCAGAAUAUGGGAUUAUGAAGAUGUUAUCGAAAUACUAAACGAAGAUUGUGGAAGUGAUAAGAUUCAAGGGAUUAUGCUUGAUCCUCCUCAGCAAGAAAAGGUAAAAUGGAGUGGUACUGAGUUUCAGAAAAUGAAAUGCCUCAGAAUUCUCAUUGUUCGAAACACAUCCUUUUCAUCUGAACUUCAACAUUUACCAAAUCAUUUAAGACUGCUUGACUGGGACAACUAUCCUUCAAAGACUUUCCCACCAAAAUUUCAUCCAAAGAAAAUCGUUGUCUUCAAUUUGCCUAGAAGUUGUCUAACAUUGGAAGAGCCAUUCAAGAAAUUUCCAUGCUUGACUAAUAUGGACUUUUCAUAUAACCAACGUAUCAUUGAAAUACCUGAUGUGUCCGAACUUCAGAAUCUAACAGAACUGAGACUUGAUCAUUGUGGAAACCUAAUUGCAGUCCAUGAAUCUGUUGGAUUUUUGGAAAGGCUUUCUCAUUUAAGUGUUUCAGAAUGCAAAAAACUUCAAAUUUUCAUGUCCAGAAUGUUUCUACCAUCUCUACAAAUCUUCAAUCUUAACUUUUGUGAAAGCCUUGGUCACUUCCCAGAGAUAAUGAAAGAAAUGACAAAGCCAUUGAAGAUUCAUAUGAUAAAUACUGCUAUUCAAGAGCUUCCAGAAUCCAUUAGUAAACUUACUGGGCUUGUUUCCAUAGACAUAUCGAAUAACAGGGAACUUAAAUAUCUACCGAGGAGCUUAUUCAUGUUGCCAAACGUUGAUUCUUUCAUAAUCAAAGCAUGUUCCAAACUUGGAGAAUCCAUCAGAAGUUUGUUGCAACACCCUUCAAAAGCCAAUGUUCAUCAAAAAUUACGAUUACUGAAUUUCAAAAAUGGUAACUUGUCUGAUAAAGAUCUUCUUGCAAUUAUUUGUUACUUUCCAAAAUUAGAAGAAUUGAUUGUUUCAGAGAACAAUUUUGUAUCCAUCCCUUCAUGCAUCAAGGAAUGUGGUGACUUGACAAGUCUCGAUUUGAAUGGAUGUAAGAAGCUUAAAAAAAUUCCUGAACUCACUAGCUUGAGAAUUCUUGAUGUUCAUCAUUGUCUAUACCUCGAAGAAAUUUCAGAGUUGCCGCCUACAGUUCAGAAAAUAGAUGCAAGAUUUUGUUUCAAUUUAACAAAAGAGACAUCAGACAUGUUAUGGUGUCAGGUGAAGAAAGGGGUGGGAGGAAUAGAAAUGGUGAUGCCAUUUUUAACUGAGAUUCCAGAAUGGUUUAACUUUGUGGGGGUGGGAAGGAUUCCCAGUUUCUGGGUUCGUGGCAAGUUCCCUAAGAUGGUUGUAGCCAUGAUCUUCCACUUCCAAAAUGAGAGUCAAAGGGACAAAUUUGAUGGUCGUGGGCUUGUUGAUCUGCGUUUACUCAUCAACGGUCGAUAUGCUCCUCGUAAAGGGUAUCGGAACUUUAGAAUUGAGGCAGAGCACAUCUUGUUGUGUGAUGUAGGAGUUUUGUGCAGUGAGAAGGAGUGGGUUGGCAAUGCAGUUAUGGAGCAUGAGUGGAAUCUGGUGCAGGUUUCGUAUGAUGCGACGUCGUCGUUGAUGAUAAGUGGUUGGGGAGCCUUUGUGUUUGAAGAAGGAACGAAUAUGGAAGAUCUUCUGUUCGCUAGUCCCAAUAACUUGAUUGUGAACGGAGAUUCAACCUCUGUCCAUAAGGGAAGUUUGGAGGACGACGAAGACUACGUUCCUCUUCCGGAAGGAAUAGCAUGGGAAUUCUUGUUUGAAGGAAUAAAGGAUGGAAUUGUUGAGGCAUGGAAUAAAUUUCCUUCUAUGGAUGUUGCUGAAAUCUCUGUGGCUGCCUUGAAGAAGAAUUGUAAGAUUGAAUGGACAGUUGAAGGGAUGGAGGGAAUACCUUCAGCUGAAAAUAGGACGUACAUGACUGGACUUUACGGUGUACUCUUGGAAGCAAAACUCAGAUUUCCUGAUUUGGACGUUGGGGCAGCACUAACUACUGUGGCAAAUAGGAAAGGGAUUAAAGGAACUUUCAAAUCACCCUUACAACAAAAUCUGAGGAUUCCUCGAUUGGAUUGGAGUACAGUGACACUUCCUCCCUCUCACGACCCUCUCAUGCAAAUAUUCAUGAUGAUGAUGAAGCAGCAAAGUACUUCGGAAUCCGAGCUCAAAACUAAAACCUUCUGGAAGUUGAAGGAGAGCCACCAAAUUCUCCGCAACAGAUUGUCACAUAAGACUGCUCCUCAGAACUCAGCCAGCUCUUCCAAAAAUCAAUAUGACGAACUGAUUCAGAAAUUCAACAUGCAAUAUGAUGCGUUUGUUGGGAAGAGACUAGACAACCUUUAUGGUGUGGCAAAGUAUGAGAGGGAUAGUGGUGUUUUGAAAGAAAGAGCUGAAGAAAUAGAGAGGGAAUUGGAUGCUGUGGUUGGGAGGCUCCAAAAUUCAGAAGAGUUUGGAGAUGUAAUGACUGCAAUGUUCUUGAAUGGAGUCAGGGAUGGAAUCCUUGAAGCACGGGCCAUCUUACUUGCUCUCCGCACGGAGGCUAAAAAAAAAUGA